UAGCAAUUAAUAAAUGGGAAGUGACAAAUAAACCAUGCUAGAUAAGUCUUGUGAACUCUAUCCACCGAAACGCAAAACCCAAAUGAAACUCUGAUGGCGCGUGAGAACGACGCUCCGCCACAACCACCGCUCCCAUGUGAUCUCCUCUGUGAAAUCCUCGCGAAACUCCCCGUGAAGUCUCUCAUGCGAUUCAAGUGCGUCUCCAAGCAGUGGAACUCCAUUAUCUCCGAUACCCACUUCGCCAAAUUGCACCUCCACAGCUCCACCGUCGACCCAGCCUUGACCCGCCACCGCUUGCUGCUACCCACCAGAACCGGCCAAGAGGUAAUAUCUUGCUCCGUCAACUCCUUGCUUAACGACCCGUUGACUUUUCCUGAGAAUGUUGACUUCAUGUUGAGACACAACUAUGAAAUCCUAGGAUCCUGUAAUGGGUUGAUGUGUUUGGCUGAUUGUUACAAUGGUGAUGUUCGGUUGUGGAACCCUUCUACCAGGUUGGUUUCUAGGAAAUCACCGUUUAUGGAGGUUGAUGAUGAUGAGAUUGCAAUGUGUCAUGGUUUUGGUUAUGAUUGUGUGAGUGGUAACUACAAGGUUGUGCUUGUUUUUCCUGAUCCUAGUAGUGAUAAUCUUCAUAGAACAGUUACUAAGGUUUAUGCAUUUGGUGAUGAUUCUUGGACCACAAUUCAGGGUUUGAGUUUCCUUGGUGAUCCCACAAAUGGGUUAGGGAAGUUUGUAGGUAAUAGUUUGAAUUGGGUGGCAAGUGGGGCUAGAGAAAAGUGGGUAAUGCUUUCUUUUGAUUUGGGAAAAGAGGCAUUUCAGCAUUUGUCAUUGCCUGAUUUUGGUGAUGACAUCCCUGAGGGGCCUAUACAAGCAGUUUUGAAAGAUUGUCUUUGUGUUUGUUUUGAUCAUGAGGAAACUCAUUUGGUUGUGUGGCUAAUGAAGGAGUAUGGAGUUAAGGAGUCUUGGGUUAAAUUGAUGGCUAUCCCUCAUGUGGAACUUCAGAUUUUUGGGUUUGUACCUCAUAUAGAGCCAUUGUGCAUGUCAGAGGAUGGUGUGGUUCUAGUGUAUACUACCUUCGUUCGAGCGGUUGUGUAUGACUCCAAGGUAGGCAGAUUGGAGUUUCCUGAAAUUCAGAGCGACAAGGUUUGGUAUGAACAAUUUAUUUACAUUGAGAGCCUGGUUUCACCAUGUUUUUGAAAACUUGAAAUUAUGCUUAUGAAGUUAGUGCAGUUUGCUUUUGUUGUAUAUUAAAGAUUUCCCCAAAUAAUAGUGGCUAUGCCUAUGUUAUCAGAUAAUGCAUAUACAAUACAUGUAUUGUGGUUGAAAACUGAAAUGUAAUUUUGGCAGCUUUUAAAUUUAAUAUUUCUUGUGUGUGAAUGUUUAAAA